GGGAACUUUGAUCUAAAGCAGAAGAAGAACCUUUCCUCCUCUGUCGGACUGUCCCCUAACUUUGUGUCAGCGAGCAACCAUGGCAAUUCCCAAGGCGGAGGAUAUAUUAGGCCAAAAAUGGGACCGGUGUGUUGCUGACACCCUCAUCAAAAUCGGUGGAGGCUUGACACUUGGGAUUGUUUUCUCUGCCAUUGUCUUCAAGAGGAGACCAUGGCCUUUGAUAUUUGGUAUGGGUGCUGGGGCUGGUAUGGGCUAUGCCAAUUGUCAGCAUGAAUUUAAUGAACCAUUCCUAGUGAAGGCAGAAAAGAUCAUAGUCAAGCCUAAAGCGCCUCCAUCAGCAGAAUAGUAACCAUAAUUCAUACUGUGCCUUCUGCAUUAUAUCCAUUUAUAUCUAUGUAUAUUGUGGAAGUGGAUGGUCAUGAUUUAUUUUGCUGUAGGUGGCAGACAUCAUUCUCAGACAAAUUAAUUCAAGGAUUUGUACAGUUCUGUAACUAAGAGAAAAUCAUUAUCUUUUGUAAAUAACAAUGUCUUAAAAAUAGAAGUUUUACUUACCUUUAUUUCUUACGGAAACUUAGGCUUAUAAGUGUCAAAACAGGUAGAAUAUGUUAUUACUAAUUUACAGGUACUUACUAUCUUGUACAGCAACCAUAACAGUGGUGCAAGUGUUCUGCUUAAUAGUAUACCUUCACUGAUGUAUGAGCAGUACAGUUGUCAGAGUUAAAAUUUGCUGUCCAAUUAUUUCUUCUGAUGAAACUGGUUGGAAAGAGCUAAAAGGCAAUUCAAUAAAAACAUCUAGUUUUGUUUAGCUGUAACAUUUGACUUUCAUGGCAGAUGAUAAGACGUACAUAUUAAGUACUGAAAAUGUAUGAAUUGAAAGAAAUGGUUAAGAAUUAUGCUAGAGACUUAUAUUGAAAUAAUUUUGUAAAUAUUAUACUAAAGAUGAUCAGUUAUCUGUUUUGUUUUCAGUAGAGUUACCAUAUAUCACAUAAUUAAAAUCAUCAUGGUAA